CACUACCUUAACACUAGCUCAACUUUAAACCAUAACUUUCGGGCAAUAACACACCACACUUAAAUCAAAAUCCGCUAACUCAACAACGGUUCACGAUGAGGAUUAUAACAUAUAUAAUAUUUGCAACUCUUCUUGGAGCAUCACUGGGGAUACAGCUGAAUUACUUGGCACCUACAAAUGGAUUUAACGGCAAUGGAGGCAAUGGCAAUGGAUACAGAAACGGUAAUGAAGGCCACAGUAAUGGUAAUGGUGGUUACACUAAUGGCAACGGAAUUGGCACCGGUGGUUACUCAAAUGGAAAUGGCGCAUUCCCAAAUGGAAACGGCAACGGAGGUCAAAUAAAUGGUAACGGUGGUUACGCAAAUGGAAAUGGAGGCUUUUCCAACGGAUUUAACGGAAAUGGAGCAGUUGCUAAUGGAUAUUCAAAUGAAAAUGGAUUCACAAACGGAAAUGGUGGUUAUUCCAACGGAAAUGGCAAUGGAUAUGUCAAUGGUGGAAUUAAUGGAAAUGGUAAUGGUGUAACCAAUGGGAAUGGCUAUGGAAAUGGUGGAUACAGCAACGGAGUGGCUAACGGAAACGGACUGGAGGAUCCCAUCACCGCCCUGGCUAAUGCUGUAAGAGGUGAACCCGGCGUGGACUAUCCCAUCCUGGCUUACGUACCCGACACAGGAUUUACCUGCGGUGGACAGAUCCCUGGAUACUACGCUGAUACUGCCCUAGAGGCCGGCUGUCAGGUGUUCCACAUCUGUCAGGCAGAUGGCAGGAGCGACUCUCUCCUGUGUCCCAACGGUACCAUCUUCAACCAGCAGUACUUCGUGUGUGAUUGGUGGUACAACUUCGACUGUUCCACCGCCCAGCAGUUCUAUGGUCUCAACGCUCAGAUCGGAGUCGUCAGUGGUAAUGGUAAUGGAUACUCCAACGGCGUCGUUAAUGGUAUUAUUAAUGGUAAUGGAAUUUACGCCAACAGAUUAAACGGAAAUGGUGCACUUAAUGGAAAUGGAUUCACUACCAUUGGAAAUAGAUACAGCAAUGGCGUUAAUGGAAAUGGUUUAGCCUCUGUUAAUGGCAAUGGCUACUCAAAUGGUAAUGGAUAUUCAAAUGGAAUUGGCAACGGUAACGGAAAUGGCAAUGGAGUUAAUGGAAAUGGUUACACUAAUGGAAAUGGGUACACCAAUGGAAAUGGCUUAAUUAAUGGCAACGGUAAUGGUUACACAAAUGGCAAUGGUUACACUAAUGGUAAUGGCGUAAUUAAUGGUAAUGGUUAUACAAAUGGCAAUGGAAUUAACGGAAAUAUAUACAGAAACGGUAAUGGGGUUAAUGGCAAUGGAUACACAAAUGGUAAUGGUUUAAUUAAUGGCAAUGGAAAUGGUUUUAUCAAUGGCAAUGGCUACACAAACGGUAAUGGCUUGACAAAUGGCAAUGGGGUCAACGGAAAUGGAUACAGCAAUGGUAAUGGAGUCAGUGGUAAUGGUCACGCAAACGGUAAUGGAGUCAAUGGAAAUGGUUACACAAACGGUAAUGGAGUCAACGGAAAUGGUUUCAUAAACGGUAAUGGAGUCAACGGAAAUGGUUUAACGAACGGCAACGGAGUUAACGGUAAUGGGUUAACCAUAUCAGCACCAGCGUCUCCCUCCGGCCUGUACCAAACACCGGUCUUCUAGACAUUGUUAAUGGUAAUGGGUGUAACACAAUGGUGGUAGCCUUACACUCCGGCCUAUUUCAGACACCCAACUUCAGAGUCACUUGACUCUCAACUGUUGUAAACAGUUUAUAAUACAAUGAUAGCUGCUGUUGAACUUUUGUCUGUCUUUCUUUACUUCGAGAAUUCAAGUUAAUUUUCCCCAAGAGGACACUACAAGUACUAAGGUAAACUGCUGAACCGGACAUACAGAGAAACACAAGGUGAU